GUGGUUUAUUAGAGUGUACCGUAUUUUUCGAACAGGAAGAAGCAUAGAUAGUGAGUGCAGUAGUGUGUUAAUUAACAAGACGAGAAGGAAUGGCGUUCAUCGAAAUGCUCAGUGUUUACUGGUUGAUGGCAGUUCUACUGGUGCAAUGUUCGUGCCAAAGAGGUCAAACAUACCGGGAUGACGGAACCGUAUGCUUUCCACUCUCUUCGUAUCUCCACCAUACGACCAAUCCAACCACGAAGGCACUCAAGGGCUCGCCAGGCAAGAUGGGGCCGCAAGGUGAGAAAGGCGAGAAAGGAGACCACGGUGAUCGGGGUCUCGCGGGAGCCAAAGGAGAUCCCGGUGCUGCAAGCAAAUCUUCAUGUCUCAUGGGCAGUUUCCGCACAGGAGGCAAUGGGUACGAGUCGUCAUGGUGUCAAGGAGACCAGAGUGUCUGUUGGCCUGUUGUCAAGCGUAUUACGUUUUCUCGUGCCUUUACUACAGUGCCCAACGUGCAGGUGAUGCUUGGCGACGUCGAGGCGAGCAACGGAGCUUAUAUUCGAGUCUACACGCGUGCUGAAAGUGUGACGAAAACGGGAUUUCAAGCGAAGGCUUGGACCAUCAACAAUUCCCUUCUAUUUUACGUUCGACUGGUGUGGAUUGCCUGCGGUGAAUGAUUGCAAUCAUUGCAAAGAUUGAAUUAAUUAAUUAAAAGGUUUGCCGUCUCGACUGUCUAGCAUUGCUGCUGUUUUUGGUUGUACAAUGUUGGUCCCUCUGUGCGCAUGCGCUCGUAGUCUGUCACUACGUACGUCAUUUUGCUUUUAGAUUAUGUGGUUUGUCAGGUUGCCUAUA